AUGGGUUCUCACGCGGGCUCUCCUCAGCCUCAUGUCCCUCCGUCGGGUGUCUGGUGCCCGGCGGUCACUUUCUUUCACCAUGACACCGACUCAUUAGAUUUGGAGUCUCAAUCCAAGUACUUCGCCUAUCUGUCUAAGACUGGACUGGCGGGCCUGGUAAUUUUGGGAACCAACUCAGAAGCUUUCCUUCUCACUCGCGAAGAGCGAUCACAGCUGAUCUCGACUGCACGAGCCGCUGUUGGGCCUGACUUCCCACUGAUGGCCGGUGUGGGUGCGCACUCGACCAAGCAGACCCUUGAGCUCGCACAGGAUGCCGCAGCCGCUGGUGCCAACUACCUCCUCGUUCUUCCUCCUGCAUACUUCGGCAAGGCGACCAACAUGAACGUGGUGAAGCGGUUCUUUUCUGAAGUCGCUGCCAAGUCCCCUCUGCCGGUGGUGGUAUACAAUUUCCCGGGGGUGUGCAACGGGGUGGACAUGGACUCUGAGACCAUUGUCGCCAUCGCCCGCGAGUCAGGCUCCUCGCACGCCACGGGACGGUCCAACGUGGUUGGCGUCAAGCUGACGUGUGGAUCGGUGGGAAAGAUCACGCGGCUGGCUGCAUCAUUUGCGCCCGAGGAGUUUGCGACCUUUGGUGGGCAGUCUGAUUUCCUGAUCGGCGGGCUGGCUGCAGGGAGUGCCGGAUGCAUCGCAGCCUUCGCCAACGUCUUUCCUAGAGUGGCAGCGCAGAUCUAUGCCCUAUAUCAGAAAGGUCAGAUUGAUGACGCGGUGACGCUCCAAAGGAAGGCGGCGCUCGCAGAAAGUCCUAUUAAAAGCGGGAUUGCGUCAACGAAGCAUGCAGUGGCUUGCUACUCUGCUCCGUUGGCAGGGAUUCAGAACGCAGAGGGUAAUCUAGCCCCUCGACACCCCUACGAAGAGGUGGGAGAAGGAGCUCGAAAGGCGAUCCGAGAGGUGAUGGCUGAGAUCGCUGAGAUCGAGAAGAGUCUUUCAUGA